AUGUGGUGUCCGGAAGAAAUGAAACUUUUCGACGUGCUCUACUCUCCAAUCGACAUUGAUCGAUAUUUCAUAGAUCUACUUGUGAUAGAUGUAUGCUAUAUCUAUCAACGCUUAUAUUUCUAUGUGGAUAACUGGGUCUUGGACGAGCGUAUGAAGAGAAUGAUUAUGGAUUUACAACGACACUGGCUUACCGAUUAUCAACAAUCGCGGGAAAAACUACUCGUGGAGAUGACUGAGAAGCUUCAUCAAGAAUUUCUAUCCGACCAGCAGAAAAUCCGGACGGAAUUGCUUACUCAGUUCAAGGACGAGUUGGAUACCACGAGGGCCGAACUGGAAGACAAGUACAGAGAGUCGUUGAAACUCGAGAUUUCGAAGUUAGUUGAGAAACACAAGAGAGAACUAACAGCUGCGAAGAAAAAGCAGUGGUGUUGGCAGUGUGAAAGCGAGGCAAUCUAUCAUUGUUGUUGGAAUACCGCAUACUGCAGCGUCGAAUGUCAGCAAGGACAUUGGGCGACUCAUAAGAAGUUUUGUCGGCGUAAGAAAGGACAACAACAAGGACAAGGGUCCGCAAAUUCGGGACAGAGCGGACAGUAG